CAUAAUACCGGCUUUCUGAAGGACAGACAGAGGUUCAUCCACGGCAUCGCUACUUCUCUCCGACACAACGAAUUUAAUAACAAACCACAUUAACCCGGGACAUGGGCUUCGACAUAAAGCGCUCUAUAUGAUCACAUUUUGGUGAGCCAGACAGAUUGAAGCACAACAUGUCAGGGUUAAAAUGUCACAUGUCACUGCCUGUGACAGUGGGCGCCCUGUUGGUGGGUCUCCCAUACUCCAUCUCUCUAGCUGCCCAGUGGAUUUACGGAUGGCCCAAUAAGCCUGGAUAUAAGAAGUACAUAGAAGCUCUAAAACCAAGGCGAAUAUACUGUUUGACCAGAGCUGUGCUGGAAACUCUCAAAUAUCUGCAGUAUGGGAGACUUUACUUUCAGUGGAAGUCAUGGUACAAGAAUGACGAAAACCGUAAGCAUUAUGAGAAGGCGAUCACAUUUGGCCGCCGAGGCAACAAGCUAGACUUGUACCACCCUCCAAACAUGGAGAAGAAGGAAGAUGCGCCUGCACCACUGGUGGUUUUCAUCUAUGGUGGUGCAUGGGGCUCUGGAGAAAGAUCCAUUUACUGUCUACUGGCCAGGCAAAUGGCUGAAGAGCUGGGUGCAGCGGUCGUUUGUCCUGAUUACUGCACCUAUCCGAAGGGGAACGUUUUAGGGAUGGUCCAAGAUAUUGCUGACUGCUUGGUUUGGGCCCAAGAGAGUGGACAGAAGUUCAACUUUGACAAAGACAACAUUGUGUUAAUUGGCCAUUCAGCAGGUGCACAUUUGUGUGCUUUGACCACGCUGUUUCUCAUUGACACAAGAGAGGAGCUUUUCAUAGAGGCCAGUAAACAGCGGGACAUUACACAGGCGACAAAGGGAGUUAUUGGUCUGAGUGGUGUCUACAACAUCAUGGACCAUUAUGAGCAUGAGCAAAAGCGAGCGGUUGAGUAUGUGUCAACCAUGCACAAAGCCAUGAAUGGAGUGGAAAACUUUCCGUACUACUCGCCAACACAUUUACUGGAGAAACUCAGCCAGGACAAACUGAACAGAGUGCCUCCGUUCGCUUUGCUCCAUGGGACCACUGACAUCAUCGUUCCUGUUGAAUCUUCCACAAAGUUCUCUGAGCUUCUCAACUCGCUCUCCGUGAAGGUGUCGCUUUACCUGCUACCAAGAGUCGACCACACGGAGAUCGUCACUGACCUCAUGGCGUCAGACAGGCGCUUCUACCAUCCCAUCUACAGCUGCAUCAAACAGGAGUUCAGAAAACUUCUGGGAACCUGCUGACAUCCCAGUCAUCAGGACAACAUCAGUCACGUCCAUAUUUACUGAUUGUGCCAUACACUUACUUUGUUUACAGUAUCUGCUCUAAUACCUCAAAACAAAUCAUUUCCAUGAUUUAACUUGAGUCAUUUGUGUUGUGAUUCCAUGAUAAUGAUGUAAAUUUUGACGGGCUCUCUGAUUACAAUUGAAGUGAUUGGACUGUGGUCUGGAUAACAGAUUGCAGUACAGUGAAUUAAGUGAAUCUGAAGCGAAAUCAACAAUGAAGCAAUAACAGUACUAUGAAAAUCAGAAAAGCACACUACUACACAGUAUUGAAAUGGAAGUCCAAUUAACUAUGUUUUACCGAAGUGGCAACAUUUUGAUUCAUAAUCCUUUUUGUUUUUUAUCAAAUGAAACAUUUCCGUGAUGCACUGUAACAACAGACAUA